CCCUGGCAGUUAAGUGACUACGAUGAGCGAGUUAGCAGGUCAUUUGAAUACAGCCUGACUUGACUGUAUUCGGGCUUCGUUCGAGCUCCUCCCAUUAUUAGCACAAGCUUAGAGAAACCAAGUAUAAACAACAUAAGAAUUAAAAGUGACCCAAUUAACCAAAACUAACGCUGCAGGUCAAGCUGCAAUUUUGUAACAAUUUCUUGUUCGUUUUUAAGAGUUUCAAACAAAAAAUGUAUAAACUAUAGAAUGAUAACGUUAAAUUAUGGUUUUGUUCCUUUAAGAAGUUCGGUUUAGUCAGAGUGGGAUUGGUUUCAAAUGACGCCAUCCUUUUAUUUUUAUCUCAAUUACCUCAUCCAUGCUUGAAGUUUACUGACCAGUAAUUCUUUUUUCUUUUAGUUUCAAUUCUUGUUUUGUUUUUUUUGUUUGUUUUUUGUAUUGUUUUUAAUUCGUAAGUCAAAGCUGGAGCCAAUUCCAAGAUUUAAGAUUUGAGAAGAGUGUGGGCAAAUGGACUAUCCGGCUACCGGUUUUAGAACAGUGAAAUAAAUACUUAAGUGUGAAGAAUAGACUGGAUAAGGGUGCAGAAUGAUGUAAUCCCCAGGCUGCCUGAAGUGUCUUUUGUCCCAAUUGUGCGAUGGUGUGAAACUCUCCCCACCCCCCCAAACAUCUUCCUCUGAAUCAGAUGUGGUGUUGAAGCAGCAACUGCGGUAUCAUCUUACUGUUUGGCAGGGAUCCUGUUUUUUUUUUUUUUUUUUUUUUUUUUUAAAACAACCAAAGAAAAUAAAACAAACACGCACACAUAGAGCAGCGAUUUCCUUUUGAACAUUUUAUUCCUUUUGAAAUGGCCUCUGCUUUUCUUCUGCUGGGCUUCACCAGCAUGACAUCAUGCAUCUCUGACACAAUGAAACUGUUUAUUCCCUGAGGACCUUUCUACUUACGUCAUUGUUCUAGAUUGUGAAAGAAGGCGAGUGAGGGGGAGAGAGACAGGACUGUUUUAGUACCAUGGCGGAACUGAAGAGCGGAGUUGAGGGGAUGGCAGCAGAGAGUCUGGUGGCCCGUCUGGAGAGUGGCACAGGCAGGGUGCUUCUCAUUGAUAGCCGCCCUUUUGUGGAAUACAACACCUCACACAUCCUGGAGGCUGUCAACAUCAACUGCUCCAAACUGAUGAAGAGGAGGCUGCAGCAGGACAAAGUGUUAAUCACAGAGCUCAUUCAACACUCUGCCAAGAAAAAGCUGGAGAUGGACUGCAGUCAGGAGGUUGUCGUGUAUGACCAGAGCUCCCAGGCUGUGACUACUCUAUCUUCUGACUGCUUCCUCACAGUGCUGCUAGCCAAGCUGGAGAAGAGCUUCUGUUCAGUGCACCUACUUUCAGGUGGAUUUGCAGAGUUUUUCAAGUGCUUCCCAGACCUGUGUGAGGGUAAAUCUGCUGUGACCCCCACCAGUAUCUCCCAGCCGUGCCUCCCCAUAGCUAACAUAGGACCCACACGAAUCCUGCCGCACCUGUACCUGGGAUGCCAACGUGAUGUCCUCAAUAAGGAGCUGAUGCACCAGAAUGAUAUAGUUUAUGUUUUGAAUGCCAGUAAUACCUGCCCCAAACCUGACUUCAUUCAGGAGUCUCAUUUCCUGAGAGUGCCAGUCAAUGACAGCUUCUGUGAGAAAAUCCUGCCCUGGCUGGAUAAAUCUGUCGAGUUUAUAGAAAAAGCUAAAGCAUCAAACGCUCGCGUUUUGGUCCACUGCCUAGCUGGAAUUUCCCGAUCUGCUACAAUUGCUAUUGCCUACAUCAUGAAGAGAAUGGACAUGUCACUCGACGAAGCAUACAGGUUCGUGAAGGAGAAAAGACCAACCAUCUCCCCCAACUUUAACUUCCUAGGGCAGCUUUUGGAUUUCGAGAAGAAGAUCAAGAACCAGACAGGGCAGAUGGGAAGCCUUUCUAAGUUGAAACUGCUGCACCUGGACAAGGUCGGCGACCACAGCUCUGGGCAAGAAAGCGUGCUUAGCGAAGGCAACACAAUCUCGCACAGCCAAAACUACUUAUCUGAGAGCUUAGAUCCCAGCCUAAGAGAACCCCUUACACUGCCCUGCACGCUCGCCGAUUCAUUCAUCUUUAACAGCGCAGAGGAGUGUUUGCUGGCACAAAGUCUGAACAGCCUCCAUGUCUGUACAGAACAGCUCCAGGAUAGCAACAAGCUGAAACGCUCCUUUUCUUUGGAUAUUAAGUCAUACGGGUCAGGCAGUAACGGGGUAGCCGGAGCAACGCACAUAUUCUCCUCUUCAGAGGAUAAUGUGGAAUACUACAAGCCAUCCAUUUACGUGGAAGGCAGCAAACCUUGCCAGUUCUCUCCCGUAGAAGAGGUCUCGGAACAGAUGACUCCUGAAAGGAGCCCGGACUCGGAACAGGCAGCCACAGUUGACCCAAGCAGUAGCGGCAACAUCAGCAGGCAGCCCAGCAUUCCCAAGACCUCUCUCCCCACGCAGAGAUCACACCUUUACUCGCUGCAGAGGAGCGGCAGCAUGGAGGACAACCACAAAGCUGCCAACUUCUUGUUUGGCCUGUCCAGCAGCCAGCAGCACCUUCCUAAGUCAAGCUCUGGGGUGGGGCUGAAAGGUUGGCACUCAGACAUCCUGGCACCCGCAGCUGCCUCCUCUCUGGCCGGCAGCUGGUACUUCUCUGCUGAAUCCUCUCGCUUCUACUCCAUGUCAGCCAUAUUUGGAGGCGGGGCAGCAGGGUCUGGCUACUCUUCAGGCUACAGCUGUGGCCAGCUGCCCAUAACUGGCUUCGAGCAGGCUGGGGCGGUGCGCAGGCGACAGAAACAUGGUGACCGGGGCAAUUCACGGCGCAGCUGGCAUGAGGAGAGCUCCUUCGAGAAGCAGUUCAAGCGGCGAAGCUGUCAGAUGGAGUUCGAGGAGAGCAUGUCGGAGAACCGGUCCCCGGAGGAGCUGGGGAAAGUGGGCAGCCAGUCGAGCUUCUCGGGCAGUAUGGAGAUCAUUGAAGUUUCAUGAGAAGCAGAGCAGCAUGAGGUAGUCCUGAGGAUUGGGCCUUUAGAAAAGCCUAAAAGGGAUUCUUCAGGCAUGGUGAGACAGUAUUGGGGGGGGGGGGGGGGGGGA